CUCGUUUGGCCAUCACAUCACUGCCGUCUGUCUCAUGAAUCUCGGCAGCAUGCCAUGGGGGUCAGCAACACGGCGAUGCGCCUGUGCGUGUGGCAGACGAGAAGCUUCGUCACUGACGAAAUCUGCACCGACCACCUCCCACACACGCUGCAUGACAUGACAUUAAUGACAUGACCCAACACACACAUACAAACACAUACACACCGCCGACCUGACUGACCUGCAGCGACAUGCCGGCAUCGAGGAAGGUCGCCCCCACAAACACCUCAUACAAGUCCGCCAGCUGCUUGACGCGCUCACGUGACAGGCCCUUGGGCAAGCCGCCAUGAGGGGGGUACUGAAACACACACUCGGGGGGCUCGGCCAUCCGCAGCACCUGCUCCACGGCGAGGCCGUGCUUUGUCAGUCUCCGCCACAUGUGCAAUGCCAGAGCCUCGUUGCUGACAGCGUCGUUGCAGCGGGACAUGUCGACGGCCGACAGGCUGCUACUGCGUGUGACGCCUGAUUGUGUGGCUAAGUGGAUGGACAGCAGGUCCAGUACGCUGUCACCGAGAAACUCCACUGCAUCGUUGUCGGGCUGGUGGAGGGUUCGCUUAGGGUGUGGUCUCCUUCGGGCUGUCUCCAGCCAUGACUUGUCCGCAAAGACGUGACCCCACAUCAGCUCAACAGGAUCAUCGGUGGUCGCCGUGAGUGUGGCAGCUCCAUCCCUAAGCCGUUCUCCCGUAGGCAGCCAGCCACACCGCCCACCAAUGUCACUGUCCCUCCUCAGUAUUCGGUCGAUGAGCACGAUAGCAGCCGAGAGGCCACGAUGGAGGUCGAGCUGUCGAGGGGACUCUCUUGCCCCAACUAAACCACCACCUUUAAUGUCCCAUACGUUUGACCAAUACGCGGCUCCCAGCAGCGCCUUCAUCUGCCGCUGCCCCUGUGUCGAACUGCCAUCAUCACUGGUAUGAGGAGGAGGCACCUGAUCGGUCGCUGCGGGCUGCAUCAGUAAUAGCGGCCCCACGCCCAUUGCCGCCCUUCCGUGGAGCACCUUCCUGAGCUCCCAACACUGAUUGGUCAGCUUGGCCGCUGUCUCCUUUUUGCCAUGAUCAGAGCUCUUAGUGAAGGUGUCCACUGCAGAGACGAGCUUGAUGAGCAUUGCACCGAUGGACGAGAGAGUGGUGGCGGCACCAGUCGAGUGCCGUGACUGAGGGGCAUGGCCAUCGAUGGCUGCACAAACAAGACGGCGGUCGAGCAGAACGGGCGGUGCGCUGCUGUCCGUGGCUGCAAGGCGCUCCAAGAGGGCGCUGUGGACGUCGCGGCUUCUGAUGGUUGGCCGACGCAUUGCAGCAGUCUCCCCUCCGUCACCUCCUUGGUCCAGACCCACCUGAUUGAUGGAUUCAAUAACCACAAACCAACCACACACGCAUCAAGGAGCAUCCAUCAUUCCUUCAUCCGUACCUUAGAAUCCGAUGUGAAGGUCCUCGACUUGGUCAAGUACAGCGGCCCAGGCGAGGGCAAGACGCCUGCAUUCAUCGCUGCGGCCAUCGUUGGUGUGUAGCACAACCGCGCGAUGAGUCCAGGUGCAAACGAAAUCUCCAAUCGAGCUGCGCAACCCAAGAUCUUGCCUCCGCUGCGCGUCAUACGGCGCGU